UUCUGGCAUUCUCGUAUUUAAUCAAGAUUCCCGUCACAGCUGUCAGAAAGUAAGUUAAAUAUCAUUAUUGAUUAAAUUUUGAUUCUAACCGAUUCAUAUUAUUAUCAAUUGCUAUAUCUAUAUGAAAUGCAUAUUAGUGGGAAAGAGAGCAUUGACUAAAAAUGGAUCCCAUAAUUGUACUCCUAAUAUCGAUAAUUGUUGUGAUUUUCGCGUGGUUUUAUGUCCGACGGCGGGGGCCGAAGCUCCCGCCAGGGCCGUACCCAUUUCCGAUCAUCGGAAACAUUCUCCAACUGGGCCGGAACCCCCACCAAUCACUGGCCGACCUCUCCAAAACUCACGGCCCUUUGAUGUCUCUCAAGCUCGGUAGCAUAUACACAGUGGUCGUAUCAUCGCCAGAGUUGGCGAAACUGUUUCUACAAGAGCACGAUCAAGUAUUCUCCGGGCGCACCAUCAGUGCGGCGGCGGAAGCGCACGAACACGACAAGUAUUCAAUGGCGCUGAUGCCAGCCGGAGAGAGAUGGAAGAAAGCGCGCAGACUGUGCAGAGAGCAUAUGUUCUCGGCUCGUCAGCUGGAGGCUGGCGCGGGCCUCCGGCGGGAGAAGCUGCAGAAACUGUUGGACUACGUUCGUGAAUGCAGCGUGAAUGGGCGAGCCGUGAACUUGGGCGAGGUGGCGUUCGUCACCUCGUUGAAUCUUCUGACGGUCACACUUUUCUCCGUUGACUUCACUGAGUUUGAUUCCGACGCUACGCAGCAGUUGAAGGAGACCAUCGAGGGUGUGACUAAGGUUUUGGGCGCUCCCAACGUCGCCGACUUCUUCCCCUUUCUUAAACGGUGGGAUCCACAAGGGAUCAAGAGGCGGUCGGAGCUUCACUUUGGGAAAUUGCUGGCUAUUUUACGCGGCAUAAUCAACGAGAGAUUGGAAUCGAGAUCUGUGCAGAGGAAAAAUGAUUUGCUAGAUACGCUGCUUGAUGUUAUGGAAGGGAGUGAGUACGACUUGAGCUUCAAGGAGAUUCAACAUGUGCUUCUGGACUUAUUUCUUGGGGGAUCGGAUUCGACUCAAAGCACAGUGGAAUGGGCGAUGACAGAACUGCUAGCGAAGCCGGAAAAGAUGAGUAAGGCUAAGAAUGAGCUGAGAAGCGUGGUAGGUGAAAACAAUCAAGUGGAAGAAUCAGAUGUAUCUAGUUCGAGACUACCAUACUUAGGAGCAGUGAUUAAAGAGACCUUACGGCUCCACCCGCCCGGUCCGCUCUUGAUUCCUCGAAGAGCGGAUCGUGAGGUUGAGAUCGGCGGUUAUAUGAUCCCGCAAAACGCCCAAAUAUUUGUCAAUGUUUGGGCUAUAGGAAGAGAUUCGAGCAUUUGGCCCAACGCAACUUCAUUUGAGCCUGAAAGAUUCUUAGACAGCAAAAUAGAGUUGAAGGGCCAAGAUUUCGAGCUUAUUCCGUUUGGGUCAGGAAGAAGAAUGUGUCCGGGUUUGGCACUGGCUGAUCGAAUGCUGCAUCUGAUGCUUGGUUCCCUGCUUCAUAACUUUGACUGGAAGAUGGAAGGAGGGGUGAGACCUGAUACUCAGGAGGAGUUCGGAUUGGCAUUGCACAAGGCACUUCCCCUCAAGGCUAUUCCACUUUACUGUUUCUGAAAUGCCUUCAUUUCUCAACUAAACACCAACGAAAUGAAGUUGCAGACUACUAUCAAUCUCACAGCACACACUUUUUUAGCAAAGGGGCUUUCUUUUCUACGUUUAAUAAUCAGACUCGACCCAUUGAAUUAUCUACUUUGUGUUGUAGAUUUUCUCUAAUCUCUUUCUACUUUGUUUCCGCUUGGUUCGGUUCUGUAUUUUUCACAAUUUACCAACUUGUUUCUUGUUUAUGAUUCGAUGAAUCCAUUCAAGUUUG